CUGAUUUUUAGACGAUAGUCACAGUCUUGCUGCAUGCUGUGCGUUGGGAUGAACGGACUACUAUAGUAGACAAUGGUACUGUACCUGGCAGUACUCUGUACUCCUGUCACUGCCCACGGAUGAGAUCAUGACGGCUCCGUCCAGUCCAGCCAGCCAGGCUCCACCUUUCACCUCUCGGAGAAUUUAUCAAGCCAAGCCACACCACGAGUUAAAUUGGAGCUCCCGCCCGCUCCCCGUUGCGUGGGUGACGUAUCGAUGUAUCUGGGGGUCAGGACUGAUGACGGUGGCGUAUGAGUCCAAUUUAUGAAUCGGUGUCGGUUCAGGUUCUCGCUACGUGAGUCAGGUUGAUUUCAUGCCAGCUAGAAUUCUUUUCGGUGCAGCAAACAGACUCACUUCCUGGCUCACUACCGAAUCACCCGUUAACUGUCAAGGAGUGACAAGCAACAAUGGGGGGGCGAUGCCAAGGCCACCAUCCGGAUCAAAAGCACUGACGUAAUGGAUGGAUGGCUGACUAAGAUCGCGUGGCGCUGCAUUGGCCAAACACCAAUGGUCUAGAAUGCAUGGAUGUUAAUAUAAGUCUUAGUGGGAUCGGCAGUGAUGGGUCAAGAAGUAGUUUAUUUAUUCCAUGCUAGUAGUCCUAAGUAGCUCCGUACUGCUACUGUGUGUACUGAAAAUAAU